AGACCGGUGUUUCACUUCUGCCAAAAAGGAAGAAAAAACGUCAGCCAGAUCUAUUCACCAGGUAGAUUCUCAAAAUGGAAACGCUAAUUUAAUACGCCUGCUGUUGUGCAUCGCAGUAGAAUUAUUUUGAUAGAGAGAUCCAACUAUUUGUUAUGUAUCAAUCAAAUCUUACAUGGUAAUUGGUGAAUUAAACAGGUAAAACACGGAAACAAAUUUUAACAUGCUGUUGCUUUUUGUUGUAUUUGCGCAUGCGCGAGAUUUGGGGAUUAAUAACUAAUAAAGCGCUAAUUUAACUGGAUAUUGAUGAGUCAUUGGGUUAAAAUUAACUCUUAAAAUUGCCUGUAACACCCUCAACCGUAAUCAAUCCAGAUAUAUUUGAUGGGGAAAGACGUACUGGAAGGAAAGUCCAAUCAUUAAUUAAACUCAGACACUUUCACAAAAAAAGCAGACCUUGGUGAGAACGACCGGUUUAAUAUGGAGUCGAGUAAUAAGGGCUCUGACCCAGCAGAAAACUUUACAUAAGGCCGCCGUAGGCUCAUUUGAUAUUUGGUUGUUUGUAUUUAGAUCGUAAUGUUGGAUAAUUCAGUCGAUUGAUACCUAAGAUUAUCAUGUGUUUGUGAAAAAGUUGCUUUCAUGAGAAAAAUGGUGCCCCCCAAACGCCCUCAAUACUUAAUUCAGUUUAAGUAUAAGGGGAAAAAACUCAUAAAGAUACAGGUUGGAGUGAUUGAUGAAACUUAAUUUACUGAAUUUCACUAUUUUUUUCAUUAGUUGGCAACCACAAUUUAACAGGCAAACCUCAAGAAAAAGAACAUUUUUUUACACCAUAAUGGCAAGCUGUUCUAAUUCAAUUAUCCAGUAAAUAUUAUGGGUUUGUUUAUUUAUUGAUUGAUUGAUUUAUUAUUUUUAAUGUAUUUAACUUAGACUGUAUAUAGUACGUGUAUGGGCUAUAAUAUUGAGCCAUUACUGGUUAUAGCUUACAGAAAAGAAAAAAAAAUCAAAGAAAAGAAAUCGUGGUGAAAUUAGCCCGGGGAGAAGGCGGGGCGUUCUCUCUGUUUGGUUCCGCCUUUUAAUCACGAGUAAGCCUCUUCUCAUUUGUCCCAUCUUUGGCCGAGUCAGCUGGUUGGACGGUGCCUGUAAGAGGCGGUGGGAUUUUCGUGUUUACAUAUUUCAUCCUUCUGGCCGCCCUUCCACCUGCAGGCAACGGACAGCGAGGAUAACGAAGGACUGAAGCCAGGGGGCAAGUGAGCAUCGCCGGGGAGACAGAAAGCCGGUUGUGACGGUGAAGAGUGACGGUGCUGUUUCUUCGUCUGUCCGCCAAUUCUACUUUAAGCAGCUCCUUGAGUGUCUGAUCAUCACCUGGUGUCAGAGAUGAGUGGAAGAGUGGGAGACCUUAGCCCCAAACAGGCUGAAGCUCUGGAACAGGUACAUUUGACUGGAAUACUAGUACAUUUUGAAGGCUUCUUCCGUAUAGAUCUCAUCUGUUACGUAAUAAUCCGCAUAAUCUGCCCUCUUAGAAGACACCGGUAAUAAUUGCUUUAUAAAAUGGGAAACUUGAUUUAAAAUAUUAAAAGAAUCAGUAUUAGACUAUGUGAAGGAUUAAUUUUGCAAAAAAGACUAAAAUUAGACUGUUAUUCAGUGGUGUGAAGUCCUCAGAGUAAUGAUCAUAUAUUUUGAGGAACGCACUUUAAGUAUUUUCAUUGCUGCAAAUAUACACUGAGUUUUUACUAUGUAUUUGACAACUUUAGUUACUUCUACUUUAGCUUUGCAAUCUAAGAAACAGACAUAAAGAUGUAGGCCUACAUUUUUUACUCUUUUGUGGUAAUAAAACGUAGGUGAUGCUUAGAUGAUAAUCCACAGCCUCCUCAGCAGUAUUUAAUAAAAAGCUGCAGUGAACAUCAAUUCUUUUUAAAUUGGCUCUGCCUCCUAUAAUGUGAAACUGUUUAAUGUCUUGAAUCAGUCUAGAAGGCUUAGUACAACUGUAGUAUCAAAGCAGUUUAAAAUGAGACAUUAAGCCUAAUAAAUGUUUUCAAUUUUCCUAUUUUAGAGCUCAUGUGAGGAGUUUUUAGCUAGGUAUGAAACAGAUGAAAAUGAUACUGAUUUGUGUUUAUGACCCACAAAAACAAAAAAGACCCCCAGUAACUACAUCCAUAAUUUGUAAGUAGUUAUUUUUGAGUGGAGUCAGUGUCUGCUGAGCAUGCUGCACAACAAAUACUUUAUAGAUCAUAUAAUUAGCAGUGGGAGCUCACAGAAAGGUGCCAAGUCCUGAUAAGUGAUAUAUUUGACUGUUACAAUUAAGACAGAUGAGAUUUUUGUCUUAAAAUAUCACUCACAUGUACCAGAAUUGAUAGGCAAAGAGACUAGAAGUAACUGUUGAUGGCACAUGGCGAAGCUAAAACUGAUACUAACCAGCCGCUUAAAUGUACCAUAUUUUUACAGUGUUUUCCCUGAAUUAUAUCUGUAAACAGUGAAAUCGUCUCAUAUUCAGGGUUUAGACCCUCUGGGAUCAGUCCUGUCAUACACAAUGUAGUGGUGUUGUGUUUAUAAUAUCAGCCCAAAAAAUUGAUCAGUCUCACAUAGGAACAAACUGUAAAAUCCACUCGCAUUAUGAGAAUGCCAUGUGUUUCUUCAACAUCCAGGGGAAUCUCCCAAAGAGAAGAUCGAUAUGUUUUUCACAAACUGCCCAGAUCCAGUCCCUUAAAAAUGAUGGUUAUCUGUGGAGACUUGUAUAUUAAUUUCAGAUACUGUUAUUUCUGUUUUUGGCUGGCUAUGCUCCAUAUCUGUACAGAUACAGCCUUAAUAUAAAAGCUGUAUCUGCUGUCAGCUGACCACUAAGAAGCCAGUGUAGCCUAAGACAACAUGACCUGCUUAUAGCACAGAUACAAAACAAAUUAGCCCUCUGUUUGACAAGGAUUCAUCCUACUCUCCUUUUCAUUUCUUAUAGAUGUGUAUAGACAACAAAGAGCUCUGCAUAACUAGAUUUGGUCUUCAAAUUGUGCUCAAUGAUACAAACUGAUAUUCAGAUUGACCACAGCUCUUUGUUAUCUAUUCACAUAGCUUGUCUGACCAACAGUCCAGACCCUCAAAACAUCAGUUUUUCUAUCAGACAAAAUCCAGAAAAGCUGCAAAGCCUGACACAUGACCAGCUGGAGCCAGUCAGCUUUUACUUGAUAAAACAUACAACAAUUUAUGACCCAUAUGUGGUCUAUAAAACAUUAUCAAAUUUGUUUCACUAAAAGUAAAGUUACUUUAUAAAAACAAUUAAACUCUAAGAAGGGUUCUUGGAAAUAAAUAUCACAGAUUUCCACUGAGAAGUCAGGGGACAUAGCAUGAUGAGAUCAUGUUUUUCAUGUCUGGUACAAUAAGGCUAAAGUAUUCAUAUUUCAGAGUAGUUCUGCAUUGCUAUUAUCCGAAAAUAGAAAAAAAUUUAAUGGUCCUUAUUCUUGAAAAAAAUGCUCAGAGCUCUUGCUCAAAAGACACCAUGAAAAGUCAAGUCUCUUUGUAAAAUUUUGUGUCUUUUUUUGCUGUUUUGUGGUUGUAUUUUAAAAAUGCAAACACACCCUAUUCCCGACACUUUGCUGUAAUAUGAGAACCUGUUUUUCACAGUACAGAGAUUCAGUCCUUUCAAAGGGAUCAAGUAAAGAUAUCCUCACUUCUUUGGCGGUGCUUUGUAGUUCCUCCCACAUCACUGCCUCUAUGCAGACUUAUGAAUAGGUUUGCUGUGAUUCAUUGUCAUACUAGGGUUAUUAUAAGUUAAGGGAACUCUGAAAGCCGCCCAUUUAAAUAAAGGGGGGGAAACGUGAGAUGAACAUAUUGUAGUGUUUGUAGCUGGUUUGGCUUGCAGAGUCAUACUGAAGGAAACCAGUAUGGGAGUGAUGUGAGACCAUUUGUUGGACUAAUAGAGUGCCCUUGCAUUGAUUUCUAAUGAUUGAGAGCAGACAUGCUAAUGGAGAUGAAGAGAGCAUUACAGUGAUCAAUGGAGAUUAAGACAAGGGCGUGUAUGACCAUUUUUAGGUCCGUACUGUGCCACAGACUUUGAGCUUGUCCCUCUUUUAUUUUGCACCUGUGCUUAGAGUCAUUAAGAAAAUGGUUUUUUAAGUUAAGUGUCAAGAACAGUACACAGAGUUGCAACACCUCAGAGCUGUUGACCCUGACCAGAAGCAAACAUGUCACCAGGAUCUGAAACAAAAGCAAACAUCUUAACUCAGAUCCAUUAUUUUGCCAUUAUUUUGUUUGAGGCAAAGAUGGGCUGUAAGGAUGCUGGUUUGCAAACUUCCUAUUCUCAAACAUUUAAUUUGAUUCCUUUGAGUUUUGACUCUUUUCCAACAAAACAAGCUGCCCAAACAUGUUGAUCUGAGUUGGGCAAAUAAGUCACUCCAUUUUUUUUAAUAUCAAAAAGCCCAACAUGAUCUCUUAGCAUAGCAGCCCUAAUACUCAGGAAUCCUCAUCCUUUGGGCCAUGUACUGUGAAGGUAACCUUAGACGUGGGCUGUUUUGUUGACUGUUUUACCUUGCCCUAAGUUUUCAAGUCAUCUGUUAUUGAACACCAGAGGCCUGUAAAAUGAUUAGUCACCCAGUCUUAUAUUUUAGCAAACCUGCUUUUGUGUUAAACAAAGAACUACACUGUGUUUCGUGUCUGUUUUGUAACUCUAGGGUCAAAACUGCAGGCGGAAAAUUCAGCGAAUCAUUUCCCUGAAUCUCUUCUAUAAGUUUUGAAUCCUUGUUUUUGACUCAUAAGCAUCAAAUCAAUUACUUCUUCUUGUCCUUUUUUUUCUGAUCGCAGUUUCGAGAGAGGAUACAAGACAUUCUUCCUCUGCUUCCUGCUCAGCAUGACCACUUCUUGUUACGCUGGCUCAGAGGUGAGAUUUCCCCUGACCACAGCUCGCCAUGCAGAAAACAACAAACACUUCUCAAAAUAUCUGUGUUCUUCAUGGUAAAUUUGCGCUUAUUUGCCUCGUAAUUGCCUGUAUUCACAGGGGAAAAUCUCUCGCUGUUGUUUUAACGUGAAAAAAACAGAAGCUGCAGUGGUUUAUUAGAGGACAUGGUGAAACUCAUGUAAGCAGCCCCGUUUGCAGUGGUUGAGAAAGAGUCUCACAUGGUUUAAAGCGUGAACACAAACCACAACUGAAACCCAAGCUAGCUCUGUGACAGAUUACUCAGCAGUCCCGCUAAAAAAGGAGAAAUUAGAGGUGAUUUGGUGAUGACUCAUUCUGUAAUGCUGAUUUGAUCUGUCUGAAACAACUCCUGAUAAACCUUACACUUUUUCUGUAGUCCUCUGUAAGCAUCAAUGUUGGUUAUAAACUGAACACCUUAUCAUCACAGUUCCAUAAGACUCCACAGUGAGAACUCACCAUGAUUACAAUGUUGAAAGUUAGUUGACAACAGGGCAACAUGUGGACAUGUAAGUCAUUUCCCCAAAAGUUUAGGGGAAUAUGUUUUUCUAGUCCUGAAAUGUUUGUGCAGGUGACCUUCAGGGCCACCGUAACUGGCCCAGUCAGCGGCGGGCUGCAGUAGACAAUGUCAGCUGAUUGAUUUCCAGUAAAGGAAAAAGUUUUUGAAAAUUAAGUUUGAGUUAAUGUGUCAGUUUUCCAUAGCGAUAAAAUCCGUGACAGUCAGGCUCUGGGGAAAAUAAGAAACACAGAUAAAAGGAGGCUUUGUGCUGAUGAGUAGUGCAGUAGAGGUCUAGCACGCUGUGUAUCAGGCUAAUCCAGGAUAAUCUCAUUAAAGGAGCACUACGCAGGACAGCAGACAGUCUGCCAGGAGACACUCUUCUGCUGUGCUCCUGUUCCCAGACUCCUUCCAGAUUCCCUCAAGAAGAGUUUUAUGAAUGGUUUCAGAGUGACAGUGAGAGCUUGCAGUUAUCUAUAGACCCCACAGGAUAAGAGUGGGUCUUCAUUGUGCUGUGAUGGACAUUGUUUUAUUAUUUACAGGGAACUUACAUUGGUCCACUUUGAGCAAGCCUUUCGCAAUAUUUGGCAACGUUUACGAGAAAAAUCUUCCCUCCAACAGGUAGAAACAAAGACUCGUAUUGUCUUGCAGAGCUGAAUGAGCUGAUAAAAAUUAGUGAAUAGGAGCUGAUGGCACCUCUCAGACUGUUUGAGGACAUCAGUGUAGGUGAGGCUCUGCAAGUCCAAAGGGUGGAUGUAAGGAUUCAACUCAAGUGUUGCUUAUCACAUUUUAUGACCGAAAGUUUGUGCCCUGAAUUAAACAAGAUGCAGCUUUCUCUGUGUUGAAGCGUGACUGAUAUAGUUAGACUCUGCUCCGUGCAUAUGAUAGAAGACGCCUUGUACUGGAGGUUAAAGACCCUCUUCUUCUAAACAGAAACCACCAAGCAGAUGUUUUCUCAGUUUGCCCUAAAGAUAACUUUCCCUCCAAUGUAUUUCUGAGAAACUCUCACUCAAGAGACAAGAGCAAGUGAAAGUGACACCUCUUUAUAAGAGGUCAUUUAUAGUCAUCUGGAUGUUGAGCUCAGUGAAACAGGUCUUGUGUGACAGCAGCUCUUGCUUCGUAUACUCAGAAGACAAAUUUUAGACUUAAGGCAUGUUUCAGUUGUGUAAGCUACCAGUGAGGCACAAGCUAUCACAAGGUGUAACUGGUCUUUCUCUGACCUCUGGUGCGGUUAUAAAACUGCAUAAGGGUUGGGUGAGAUAUGGACGCUUGUGUGAGGGUACUAUAAUGGAUGCAAUUAGGUAUAUCUCAAUGGGCCCUCUUUGUACCAUGCACCAUUACCCCAUCUUGAGAUAACACUGUUACAGCCCUCUGAUUCCCAGAAACAAAGACGUGUCACCUCUGCAUCUCUUUGUAUGUUUUAACCCUAUCUAUGGUGUACCUCAAGGUUCUAUUCUCAGCCCACUUUAGUUCUCCAUUCACAUGCUGCCUUUCAGCCAGACCAUCCAGAAACAUGGAGACUCUUUUCAUUCAUGUGCAGAUGACACACACAUGAUGAACAUAUACCUCCAUUACAAUAAUACUGACAGUCUUGGUCAUUCAUUCAAUUGCCUCAGUGACAUUAAAUGAAGGAUGUCACAUACUGUAACUUUCUAAAAAACAACCAAGACAAACCAAAGUCAUAUCUUUUGGUCAUUCACGCUUUUCUUUUUUCUUGUUUUAAUCAAUGUAAUGCAACAAUUGAGUGUAGUAAUUAUUGAUUUAUUUAGUGGCCUGUAAAGCUACCAAAGGAAACAUGUUUGUGAUAAAACACUGGGAUUUCUGACCAUCUUUCUUUGUCUGCCAUUUAUGUAAGUAGUAAUUAUAGAGUUACAGCGAGGAAAGACACCAUAACCAUUCAUUGAGGUUGUCUCUUAAAGCAUAACACUUAUUAUGUCUUAAUUUCUACUACAAGGCCUGGUCAUUUUCCAGAGUCUGUUUUUGUAAUGCUAACUCAGUAUGCCUUCGAUGUCCCAGUUUAAGGUGCCAAGUUGUUGCAUUUGGUACAGUGAGUGUAAUUCUCUGCUUUCAUGGCAGCAGCUCUGUUGUUGUUGUUUUUUUACAGCACUGUCUGCUGUGGAGCUUAUUGCUUUGGACAGAGAAUCAGUCAGUAGAAUGGGUGUCUGUUUUGGAUGUUUCCAGAGGCCAUCUAUUAACAUUAUUGAAGAUUCAGCUAUGAAAGUCUUUUCUAAAGAUAGUCUCACCGUGUAAUUUGUGGUUGGUCUGGGUGCGUUUCUUAGAACCUUAUAAAUGUUACCUUUCAUUUUUAUAAAAUACAUUUGGUUUAUUACUGAUUGUUUCUAGAUUCAUCUUUCUUGUUUGGAUCUGGUUUUUUUUUUUUGGUCAGUGGUUCAGUAGCAGUAUAAAACAGAAAAUCAAGUCCAGCUCAAAGACCUGUAGUGUCUUAGUCACCCACUUGUAGAACCUCAGCAGUAUCCUCCAUGUAGAAAACAGCAGUUCCUUGAGAGUCCACUACAGGCUGGCACAAAAAGUAAAGUAAUCCCCAAUACUGUCUGUAUAAAAAGGCAUUUUAACAGCAGAAUUGGUAUGUUCAAAGUCUGGAACCAACAUUGGUUUUGGUCUACAAACAAACAACACGAUGAUGACUAUCAAAAUGCUAGACUCAAGGGUCCAAAAGGUAGUCAGAAAAAGCACUUUUAAUGUACAGUUUAUAGCUGGAAAAUCAACACUUAACUAGAGCGCUUAAAGACAAAACAGCAAGACAGGACAGCUUGAACCUUGAAGGUGUGCUUCCUCCAGAUCAUGCCCCUAAUUGUUUAAUUCAAGUGUUUCUGGGAUUUCCUCCAUUAAGCUGUUCUGGGUCAAAGGUCAGAUGUUUCCAGCCGCUCCUAUACCUGAUUGAUAACACCAUCAACUUCUUUUAGCUCUUAAAAGGAUUUAAAUAUUCACUUUUAGCACAACUUAUCACAAACAUGCUUGCAUACAUUUUUAAUAUGAUUGUUAGUGAUACAGUGGUCUGAAAUGACGUCUCAAAUCAGUCAAAGUAUAAAAUAGGUUUGCUUUUUUUACACAGCUAUUUUUGGCUGCAUUAUACAACUUAAAACAUACACCCCUCUUUUGUCUAUUUUGUUUCCAUCCAUGUCUCUCUCUCUCUUCUUCACAGUUAGAUCACUGACCUAUUAUCAUCACUCUUGGAUAUCUGUAUUUACCCAUCUUUUUCCUCUCUCACUUUUUUCAGCCAGAAACUUUAACGUCCAGAAGUCUGAGGCUAUGGUGCGAAAGGUAACACCUUGAACUUCUCUGUGUGGUAGAAAAGGAACGUUUUAUACCCUCUGCAUGUGUGUACGAAAUCACGCACAUCUGAAACUCAUCAGCAGUGCCUUUUUUCCUCCAAGUUGGUGUUGCGUAAAAGUUCAGUUAGCAGCAGCACAGACUGUUCAUCUGCAGAUUAGAGCGGAGCUGUGUGGUAACCGUUUACUGUAAGUCAUCGCUGCAGCCUGAGGAGAUAAGAUAUGGAUGACAGAGAUUAAAUGAGUAUUGUAGCAGACAGAGUUGUACAGUAAAUGAAACUAAAUAUAUAUAGACAAUGAUUCUUGUCCACUAGGAAGCAGAUAAGGACACAUCAUCCACUAUUUAUUAACGCCCUUUAUUGUUUGUGCUCUUCCAAAUCAUCAUUAAAAAACCCAUCCUGUUCCACUAAUAUCUUGGCUCCUUAGGAGAGGUUCUGAUUGUUCAAACAAUCAGUAUCAGUAUCUGCCCUGGAAAACCAAUAGACGUUGACCAGUUAUGUUAUUUUUAAAAAUUUUUCAACAGGAGUAUUGCUGUUGACUUGCCCUCUACUUUUUUACUUUGCAAUGUCAUGAUAAAAAAAACCCACCACAACAAAUUGCUUGUAAAUGCAACCCUUCUAUUUACUUGGAACAGACUUCUAUGAAUCUAUGUUACCCUAAACUUAACUUAACUUAACUUAACCCAAUUAAACUAAACUAAAUUCAACUAAACUAAACCAAAUUAAACUAAACAAAAUUAGAUUAAAAUAACUAAACCUUCAACACAGUUAGAUUGUCAAGGUACCUUUACUAUUUUUUUCAGUGUUUUUUUACGAUAAGUAAUUAUUGGCUUAAAAUCAUCUCUUAGUUUUUAAAUGUACCGCCAGGGUGGCACAGUUAAUCACAAUAUCAUAGUCAUCAUAAUAUCAGCAUUUGCAAAAGACACAUUAAAAAUCCUAAUUUAUCACAAGCAUAGGGGAAAUUUGAUGUAUGUUAUCAGACAGUGUGCACAUUCUUACCAUUGUGGAUGCAGUCCUGUUGAAUGACCAUGUUUUUAUAACAUUUUGAUGCAGUAACAGUUAGAUGAAGCUUGAACAACCUUUGGCCACCUGUAGAGUAAUCCUGGUGACAAAUUUGUACACUUUUAUUUUUGAUUAUUCAUCAUACUGCAUAAUGUUCUGGUAGUGUUAAACAAUGGGAUAAUACAAUGCAAAGUCUUAUCGUAUCUUGCAGGCUGACUGGACACACCAGCCUCAGAACAAACAUGCAUAUUCAGAUACUAAAAUGCUCCAACAGCCAUGUGUAAAUCUGCUUUCCAUUGGCUGGUUUUGCUCUUGGUUGUAAGCAUGUUUGCAUGCACGUGUGCACUGUAGUGAGUACUGUAGUGAGUACACAGCGGUAUAUCAUGACUGAUCCUUUUCCUGCUGACUGUCAGAUUUACAUCAGCACCUGUCUGACACCUCCUAAUCCAUUUCAAUCACCACAUUGUGCAGGAGUGUGUCCGCAGCAGUACAAGCUGUCUAUUAAUGUGAGGAUUAAAAAGUUGCUAUGACGUGUUACAGUAACUGAACUUUGUCCUUUCUUUCAGCAUGUGGAGUUCAGGAAAAACAUGAAAGUUGACACGAUAACCACAGAUUGGCGUCCACCAGAGGUAUUUAACUUUACAACCCUGCAGUAUAUUCAGUGAUAAUACAGCUGUGUUUUAACAUUUAAACGACUGAUGUGUGCAGGUGAUAGAGAAGUACCUGUCAGGAGGCAUGUGUGGUUAUGACCGGGAGGGCAGUCCUAUCUGGUACGAUGUCAUCGGACCUGUGGAUCCCAAAGGCCUCUUCCUGUCUGCCUCCAAGCAAGACUUCAUCAAGUCCAAGAUCAGAGACUGUGAGAUGCUGCACAAGGAGAGUGCUCUUCAGUCAGAGAGGGUAAAACAGCCCACACCUCAAAAUAUGGGACAGGCUGACACUGAAACUUUUGAAGAGGACAACUCUUGAUCCUUUUGACAACUUUGUUUCAUACUCCACCCGCCUAAAUCACAAUACUGAUCCCUGAACUCGCUCACAUAUAGACACAGAUCCACAAAUCUGACAGAACUUUCACUCUGAGUGUUUUCUCAGAGAUAAAUAAAAACAAACAAACAAACAAGCAAACAAAUAUAACUUUGAGAAAGUUUUAAAACUUAAUUUUGGCUCAGAUUUGGGGUUGAGUAUUCUUCUUCAAUUUUAAUAUGUGGACAGGAGGAACAAAGAAUUAAUGACCAAUGAUUUAAUGUAGAAACAAACCUGUAAAUGGGUUACUUUAUGAUUUCACAGACAAAAGAUUCCUGUUUUUCUGUUUUCAAACAGCUUGGGAAAAACGUGGAGUCCAUCACUAUGAUCUACGAUGUUGAAGGUCUGGGUUUGAAACACAUAUGGAAGCCUGCGAUAGAGACGUAUGGAGAGGUAUCGACAGACACAUUUACACUAUAGACUGAACCCUCACAAUACACAUGAAGAAGACUAAAAGGUUCAAUAUAUUGCAUUAUUUUGUGUCACCAGAUCCUCCAGAUGUUUGAGGAAAACUACCCAGAAGGCUUGAAAAGACUGUUUGUCAUUAAAGGUAACGUGCAGUUUUUUUGUCCUCCAGUAAAAGAACAGCUGAGGUUCAGGGCGUCUUUGAUUGAAUUUUUCUCUUACAGCUCCCAAACUCUUUCCUGUGGCUUACAACCUCAUCAAACACUUUCUGAGUGAGAUCACGAGACAGAAGAUCCACAUCCUCGGGGGUGAGUCACCUCAUAUUGCUGCUUUUCAUUUUAAAGGAAUAUUCCACACAAAUAUUAUAAAGCUUUCUCAUGUGAUGACUCUUCUUAAUUCUGUUGUUUGGCAGCUAACUGGCAGGACGUUUUACUGAAGUACAUUGAUGCAGAACAGCUGCCGGCGAUCUAUGGUGGCAAAAUGACGGAUCCUGAUGGAGAUCCUCGCUGUAGGACGAGGGUGAGUUAAAACCAGAUACACAAACCCUUAAAUUAUAGGUGCUGUUUUAAGGAGGGCUGAUGAUGACUUGGAAGAUAUGAGUAUCUGCUACAUAUCUUCCUUUGCUGGAUGAGAUGUUAUAUAAAUAAAACUUAAUCUGAUGAGGCUCUCUACAGUCGAGUAGGUAUGAGGUAGUCUAACUUAACCUGGAAAGAGAUACAUAAAAUAAGUCCAGUCUUGUCCAAACUUGAACAAUUAGGUGGGGCUCAUGCAGGCUGGCUCGGGUUUAGUGUAUACUCUUCUCUCUCAAAUCACAGUUUUACUGUGCCUGGUGGGAAUCUGACUGAAUAAUUAUUUUAAACACAGUCUUGGAUUUAAAUAAUUUGCAUUCCUGUUUUUUUGAUAGUAAAUUAGUUGGAGUAAGUAAGUGUUUGGGUAUGUCGGUUUUUACAAGUUAGAAAUCGCAUAAGGGGUCUUAAAAUUUUGUCUGACCCUUGUUCAAAACUUCUCCUGGUCUCUGAGUGACAGGAUGACUACAGAUUCAACGAAUAUAAGUUUGAUUCCAGCUUCAUCCAACAGCCCUCCAGCAGCCCUGUGCUGAAACAGGCGACAGCUUCCUUGCUUUUGAGUAUUUACGUAUAAACUGACUUUGUUUUAAUAUCCAUUUCAGACCUGCUUGGUAGUGUUAUUGGUUUGCAUGCGCUCAUCGGCUCACAGCUUUGCAUGCUGUAUGACCGGUUUGCUUGUUAACAUACCGCGUGCACCUGAGAUGUUAUGGGUUUGUAUUUGACAGGCAAACCACUUUGAUGCGAGCUUUCAUCCCACUGGUUUUUCCUGUCUGAGAAGACAUAAUUUGCCCAAACAAGAACAAUAAUGAGUCUGACUGAUCACAGAGGGUGAAAUGUUAGUUUGAACACCAGGUCAUAAAAUGUUAAUGGUGUUUGUAGCUAGGAUCAUGUUACAAAUGAAUGAACCAUGUGAUCACAGCUGGUCAAUAACAAUGAAAGGACUAUUUUAGACCAGCUGUGCAAAGCAGAAAAAUCAAUACAGCUGCCCACACACUGAACAAUCUCUCCUGCUUCACAGACGAAUAAACACCGCACAUAAUGAGGGGCUGUUUAAGGCUGCAGAUGGUAUUCAGUGGGAUUAGCGGGAAGUGGGAGAUAGUCAGUGGAAAUGAAGGAAAAAAAACGUACUGCAUUUAAGGAACUCAGGUAAAACCCGUCAUCAUCCCUGCUGCCGUCCCACCUCGCUACGUAGAAAUAGCAAAAGGCUGAAGAGAGGUUAGUACUGAGAGAUGCUACAGCUUGAGUAGACACGCUUACAGAUAAGACUUUACACUAACUCUGGAUGUUGCUGUUUCUGUAGAUAAAAAAUUGGGCGAAGGACAGAUGAAGAGCAGGAGGACACAAAUUCAUUUUGGCUGCAUUCAAGAUUCAAGGAAUUGAGAUGCUAAGCCUCAAAGUUUUAUCCUUGUUUUACCUCUUCUUUUCUUUAUUAGUUAGCUAGUUGUGUGUCCUUUAACCUGUACUGUAAUGAUAUGUUACUGAAUAACAUAAAAAGACCUAACCUAACCUAAAAAAAGUAUUGCAAAAAGGGUCAUCUUUGAUUAUUUUACUGUGUGUGCACAAGACAAGUCAUACAAAAAAGUCACAUACUCUCACUUUAACAGAGGUAUAUUCAGUCUGUCACUGCCAUCUUUAUUAGCCACAGAAAAUGCUUGAACAGGGGAAGCAAUAGUUCAGGUAACUGUAGGAUAAUGUUAAUUAAUCACAAUUACUGACAGGAUAGCUGUGUGAUGCUAGCAAUGAGUGACAUAUUGCAUGUUUACAUGGUAUUCAGGGGUUCUGCCUUUUUUUGACUGUUAGAUCAUAAAACUGAUACCACUCUGAUGUGUGUACUGUAGGACAAGGCUUAGCUCAGCACACACAGUGGAAAGCAGGUAGACAGCUAAUCUGGAGGUUCAUCAGAGAGGUCACCCAGCUGGAAAAAAGCAGUUUUCACACCUAUGCGGAUUGUUGGAUGUUGGUUUUUAGUUUCCACCAGGUAGAAUCAGGUUACAUUUGAGUCGUGUUUUCAUGUUGCAUGCUAAAAAAAAACUGAUCCUGUUUCUCUUUGGCCUCUGGUUUUUUGUUGUGUCGGGAGGAUUCUGUAAGUUUAAAUUGCAGUAAUGGACUAUAGCAACUUUUCCUUUUUUUCUUUCUGGUAGUAUUUCUGCAUCUUCUCUGUUUGUCUGUUAAAAUGUCUCAAUAACGGCUCUGUGGAGACCCUCAAGGUUUUAGAGAAGUGUUUUCACAAGCUCAACUUCCCCAAUAGAAAAACUGUUAUUGUGGACAGGUACAGGAGUCAUUCCUGCAUGAACACUCAGAGCCCUUUGUUCUUUGUGUGUGUAUGUGUGUGUCUGUAUAAACCGUGUCAGUCACCUCACUCAUGCAUAAUGUUAUUUCUCACCUGCUGAAUGGAGGACACAGAAUUAAAAUCACCUGGCUUUUCUGAACUCUCAUUUGGAAACACUACCCUCUGCUGGUUAAUUUUGAGACUGCAGUUUUGUGAAUUGGAUAUUUUGGAUGAUAACAAACAGAAAAGUGUUCAGGAUAGAGCACUCGAAACUUUUUUUAUACACACAUUUUAAGUUACAAGCAUUCAGACAAUGUCACAGUAAGUGAGAAGUUUCUCUGCUAUCUUUCACUCUCUUUCAACAUUUUCACUAAAUUCAAUUUUGUUGCGCCUUUUUCCCCAAUUCUGUUGAUGUUUGUUGACUUUAGAUAAACCACGUCGGACCAGUUCCUACCUCAUACUACGUGCGGGACCAUGUGAAGGUGGACUAUGAGCAGUGCAUGACUGUCAAUCGAGGCUCCACUCAGCAGAUGGAUUAUGAGAUCCUGUUCCCGGGCUGCGUCUUAAGGUUAGCAAGAAACAACAGGGUAACAAAUAAGCUGUAACACCAGAGACAUAAAUGGUUAAUCAAACAAAUAAAAAUAAAACUUUAUUUAUCUAUGUAAAAGUUUAAUUUCAGGAAGUUGUGAUUGGCAUGUUAUUUAUUUUUAAAGACCAAAUAAUCCAGCUAGGCUUUAAAAAAAAAAGAUAGAGUCAGGAGAUAUUCAAAAAGGCAUCUGGAACAAAAUCUUUUAAACUGCCUUCAAACCAGAAAUUUCAACCCAAAUGAUCUUUGGUACUUAGACAGCAGAGGCAGCUUAGAAAAGGACAGCAAUAAUGAGGGCAGUCGUGCAUUUAGCAGACAUGGCAUCAGGAAAAAAAGAAUAAAAUCAGACUAAGAAAUCAUAUUUCUGUAAUAAAAUCCCUCAUGGGAAGCUGUUUUUGCUCAGUUGCAGCCCCACUUGCAGAGGCUGCAGUCUUUAUUAAACUGGCUGUAGGAUUGACUCCUGUCCUGAUAGUAAUUGGUGCAUGUUAUCCCCCCCUCUUUACAUUUUCAGUCUCUGUCCUACCUGAUAAAGGCAAAGGUUUAAAAGAAAUCAGUGAAUCAGUGAAAGGAAAUUUGGUUUGGGUCUAUUUUGCUCCCUCUGGACUAAACAGUCACUCUUACCUAUUUACAAUACAUGAUCCGUGCGUCUGUACACAAAAUAAAGCUAGUUUAAGUAAUUCAAAGAUACCUCUUAUUCUGUGUAGGUGGCAGUUUGCCACUGAGGGUGCAGAUAUCGGUUUUGGUGUGUUCAUGAAGGCUAAAAAGGGCGAGCGGAAGAAGGCUGCACAGAUGGAAGAAAUCCUGCCGAGUCAGAGAUACAACUCCCACUUAGUGCCCGAGGACGGAUCACUGACCUGUGAGCACCCGGGAGUCUGUGAGUAGCCAGAUCUGGAACAGCCUGAGAGCAGACAGCUUUACGCUGUGUAAUCAUCCUUCAGUAGAGAAAUAAUGAGUUUUGUGUGUGUUUCCUAGAUGUCCUGAGGUUUGACAACACUUACAGCAUCUUCCAGGCCAAAAGAGUCAGCUUCAGUGUGGAGGUCCUGCUCCCUGACAGCCUACAGACUCCACAGGUCAACGGAGGCUCCAGCCACCAUCUUCAAGCUGAAGCAAGCAGCCAAUCAUAACCCAGAAGAAGACACAGUGUCCCACCUCAGUGUUACUUGAACCAGUGAUAUUUAGCCGCCAUGAGAAAGCACAGCCUGAGAGACUUGAUAUGACCAGGAACUGCAACAUGCUGCCUCUGCAGUGAACCACAAUGAUAGAGUUUAUCAAAUUAUUGAUAUUGAUAUAUUUUAUUUAUCAAAUUAUUUGAGACUUUAUUUCAGACCCUAUGAAUGUGGUACCAAUUACAGAACAUUUAGAUGUUCAAAAUAUGACCAAAAGUAUGUGAUCAUCCCUUAACAUGUAGCCUUGUAGUCCUUUAGUCAGGGUUUUGAUGGUUUAACUCAGGGCUCUGAGGUCCAAGUGAAAGAAAUGUUUGUGCUACUUCUAUUCUCUGAUAAAUUAGAGGAUAUAAGCUCAUUAAUCAGGAAGUAAUGAGAUAAUUCGUAUUUCAUAAUGGAAAGGCCAGCUCUCUUAUUCUAAAGCAACAAAGAAAAUAAAUCUCCAUCUCAAAAACAGUGUUGAAUUAUCUCAGAAAAAACGAGUAAAUUAGACAUAAAAAUGAAUGUUGGAUGCAAAAGAACAGCUGCAAACUUUAAAACAGAUUUGAGGAUUGUGAAACUUUUCCUAGCUUGAAGGAGAGUUUCAAAAAUAAAGUGCCUCAAGUGAAAUCACACAAGUCUAAACUGAUUUGAAUCUGAUGACUUUACUGUUUUAGCAACAUACAAUUAAAACGCACUUGAUUUUCAGACUGACCAAGCUGGUUGCUAUGCAUUUUGGGUAAUGUAGGUGCACGGUUUUAGAAGGCAUAAAACUUAAUUGUCAGAUAGAUUGAGUCUUUCAUGCAGAACGCUGACAAAGUAGCCAAACAAAUCAGGUCAGUUGUACAACAACUUGCUGGAAAAGCCAUCAAGGAAUAAAAUAGACCUCCACUCCUAUGAAAUUUUCACACAAGUGAUUCUAAGUCAUCAGUUCUAUGCAUUGAUUUCACUAACCGGGUACAGUGUAAAGAUGUUGGUCGGUUUAGUUUUAAAAGUAAGUUUUACUCUUGUUUUUUAAAUCGUAUACAUUCAUUUUACAUAAAUGUACCGCAGCUGGUCUUUUUCUUUCACUUUGCAAUUAAGAAAACAUUCCUUUAGAUAUUUAUUUCAAUGUUUUUAAUUUAUUUCCAAUUGGUACAGGAUCAAACAACUCUCUAUUUAUGUAAUUAGAAAAGUCUGUGUGUCUAUAUAUUCUGAUAUAUUCAAUAUUUGUAAGUGAAGAGCACUGAUGUUUCAAAGGAUUUACAGAAUUAAAUCAUAUUUGUGUUAACUCAGUGGCAGUGAGUAACAUAUACUAAAUGAUGAUUGUGGCUGAUUAUUACUCACAUGUUUAGACUGUAACAGCAGACAGACAGCUGAUAAGAAGUUAAUAAAUAACAUGCAAAAUGGCAGCUGUGUUUG